UUUCAUUAUUACAGAACAGUUCGCUUUCGAGAGUUGACCAGAGAGGUUAUUUCUUAAAGUUUCACUGGCCUUUAGCCAACAACGAGAUAGUUAAGUAAUUAGUAUGACAAUUAGUUCGUACGCUUAAGUGACCCACGCUGUUCCUAAUGAUGUUUAGGACGACCGUGUUUGUUAUUUUUCUGUUUGUAACAGUUCAUGUCAUAGAAUGUGGAAGGACUGGUGGACGUGGAGGCAGAGGAAGAUCAUCUAGUUCUAGGACUUCACAUCGCACUUCAACAGUUCACCAUAACCCCAUAACGCACCAUACGUCCUCCAAUAACUAUGGUUCUAGUCAUGGAAGCGGAAAUGUGAGACCCAUAGGUUUUGUGGACCAUUCGAAGCCAUCCGCACCUUCUGGAUCCUCGUCGCAUAAUACUCCAUCACAUGGCUCAGGGGGCAAUGAAAGACCUAUCGGUUUUGUCACUGACCAUCAGACUGCGAAACACAGUCCCUCGUUGGGCAAUGCUCCACCACCACAUGGUUCAGUAGGUACUGGAGCAGAGAGACCCAUUAGUACUGGAACAGUAAGGCCGAUUGGAUUCGCCACUGGUGGUCAUGAGACACCAAAACACAGUCCUGCCCUGGGCAAUAACCCACCUCCCUAUAGUCCAGGAAAUUAUGGACAGAAUCCUCCCCCCUACAAUCCACACUACAACAACCCCGCAGGAUACGGGCCACCCCCACCCUACAGUCCCACUGGUCAUCCCCAAAAUCCAGCGGGAUACGGACCCCCUCCUCCCUACACCCCCAGUAACUACCAUCCCCAAGGUGGUUAUCACCCUCAAGGCGGUUAUCACCCUCAGGGCGGUUACAACCCACAAGGCGCUUACCACCCCCAAGGUGGAUACCACCCGCAAGGAGGUGGAGUCACAGUGAUCAACAACAACGUAAACAAUCACCACUACGGCGGUGGCGGCUAUGGUGGUGGUUACGGAGGAUGGGGAUAUUCGCCCCCAGUAUACACCACCCACGACACCGGCAGUACAGCGCUGGGUUUCUUCUUGGGUUACUCCCUGGCGAAAGUGACUACCCCCAGUUUCCACUAUCACAAUAGUUACUACGAUGGGUAUGGCUACACCCCGAGGUACGACCACUAUACCGUCCAUCAUUACUAUCACAACAGAGAUACGGUUCAAAAGGAAGCCACCAUCGAGCCCAAUGCGAUCGUCGUUUGUGCUGGGGAUAGCGGCGCUUUCUGUCCGGCGAAUACAACGUCCCUCUGCACCAACAACGGUGCUGUGAUGUGCGUAGCUAGUGCCACUUCCACGGUUCCUUGUAUCAAUGAGAAACAAACCAACUGCGUAAGGAGUAGCAUACCAUGCAAGGAUAACAACAGUACGGAAUGCAAGCGGUCUUCUGCGAGUACAGCUUCUAUCACAAUACCUUGCAUUUCUACAGCCAAAGUUUAUGGAAGCAUUAGUUUUGUGAACAACAGCAUCGUCGUUUCUAAUACCACUGCUAGUAAUACAACUGUGUCAAACACUACUACAAGCAAUCCUAAUACGAACAUGACUCUGAUUGAUUCAGUUUCAAAUACUACAAAUUCUACAGCUACAACCACCGCAAACCCUACACUGUCGACGAAUACAACAGCUGUGACAAAUACAACCAACGCAGAGAAAGGCCCACCACAGAUGUUCUGUGUAACUAUUCUGGCUCUGCCAGCGGAAAGAAAAUUAACCGAGGGGGAAAAACUAUUUAGUCAAACCAAAGAAGUUUUCGCUUCAUUCGCUGUUAAUGCGUUGGGGAUAGAUUGAAACAAGUGUAUAUACUUUUUUUAUAUUGUUUUUAAGUUUUAAAAAUACAUUUUGCAGGUGA